GCAAGCGGACGUUUUAGCGCGAGAAUCGAGAAGAAUAAGACCGCAGAAUUGAAUUGAGAUCGAGGGCUUGCGAAGACUAAAGAAUUUUCGAGCCUGGAGAAUCGCGAUCGCGUGUGCGUGGUUAGUGUGCGUUCGCGAGAGAUGUGCCGCGUUUGAUUACUUGAUCAGAGAUCCAGGGCAUCGAAGGUCACCACUUUCAAUGGCCGUUAGACGCCACCUGCUGCUGAUCCUGCUGCUGAUCCUGCAGCUGAUCGCCACCACGCCGGCGUCGCGCAGCCUCAGCGUUAAUGGCAACAACAUUUGGCGGCGGGUGCGCCUGGUGACCAGCCAGGAAUCCGAUCGUAACGCCUAUCAGGUGCUCAAGCCGAGUAGCCGUAAUGCCACCAGCACCACCACUACCACCACUACUACUACAAGUACCACCACUAGUACCACUACUCCGGCAGCUCCUCAGUCCCAGCGAUCUGCCAAACAAAUGGAUCUCAAUUUUCCGGGUGGCAAUGUCUCCAGUGCUGCCCGUCUCGAAAUGUCCACGGAAUUCUUUGUGGUGCCCACACUAUCGGCCAGUAGUUCUAGCACCACCACGUCCACCACCACACCAGCCACGCCCCGUCGGAGUUCGGGGGCGAAGGCGCGAGCUGCCGGCACCACUGGACGGGUGACUCCCGGGAGCAGCUCCAACAGCACGCCUCCCAGCAUAGUGUCCACCCACUUGCCCUUCGCAGGCUUACGCAAGGAGCCGUGGGUGGUCCCGGUGCUAGUCCUGGCCACCCUCACCAUGCUGAUGAUGGCAGCCUUUGAGAUCUUUGUGCUCUUCAAGGCCUGGCGGACGUCGCCGUCGCGAAGACACCUUUUUCUGGGCCAGAUGCUGCUCCUCGGCCUUUUCGCCUGCGCUAGUUUAGGGGCCAUCAUCACCGCUCAGCCCUCCUUGAUCAGUUGCGGGGCCAUCCGCUUCGGAGUGGGUGUGUCCUACGCCCUGGUCUUUGCCGCCCUGCUGGUCAAGUGCGUAUUUCUGAUUAGUCUGAAUGGAGGGGUGUAUCUGCCGGCUCCAUACCAGGGAUUGCUACUCCUCUUUGCGCUGCUCAUUCAGGUGGCGAUCGGAGGUCAGUGGCUGCUCACUCAACCACCGGAGGUGUAUACCACCAGUGUGCCUGUGAUGGGCAGUGGCUUCCUCAGCACCACGGUGGCCUCACAGACCAACUACUCGGCACUGUUUUACCCCACGUCCUACACCACGCUGGACGGCACUCCGGAGAUCUACACCAGGAUAGCGGCGGUCAGCACCGUGCUAAUACCACUCUGCAAGACCCAGUUCACGGAGCUGCUCUUCUCGCUGAUCUACAUUGUCUUUCUGAUCGUCUUCAUCGCCGUGCUGGCCAUCAAGUCGCGCGGCAUCCGGGACAACUACCGUGAGGCCACCUACAUUGGGCUGGCCAUCGGGGGAGCCAUCCCCAUCUGGCUGGGAUGGAUGCUAUGCGGGCUGGCCGUGGCCGAGCGGCAUAAGGACGCUUGCGUGGCCUUCGGCCUGGUAGCCACUUCCGCCACGGUCUUCCUGGUGAUGUUCAUGCCUAAGGGCAGACAACUGGCGGCCAUGGGCAAGGAGGGCCUCUACGUGGAGGACCGCGAGGAGCAGUUCAGUUCCUUGAGCCGCGCCGGAUCAGGCUACUCGCCCUCGUUCUUCCACUUCAAGCCCAUCAAGUACGGCGUGAUGAGUGGUUGCGGACUGCCCAACUCUGCAUCCAACACGGGCCAGGGACUCAGCUCCAAACACUGCUCCAGUGCCAACAAUGGAGGUGAUCGGGUUGCUCUGGUCACCGCCGCACCGCCGAGUUAUACGCGUAUGUAUCACUAUUUUCCAGCACACCUGAGUCCGCACCCGUUCUGCUAUUAUCCUCCCGCACCACCACCACCACUGCCACCGCAACCACCGCCACCACAGCAAGCCGCACCGCCCACGCUCACGCCGUUGACCCUCAAACAGUUGGGCAACUCGCUAACCUCCAUGACACAAGCGGCGCAGUUGGCCAAAACGCUGCGCUAUGCGCCAGGCAUGUUUAUACGACCAGACGAAACGAACCUCUACACCACGCUGGAGCCCACGUUAAGCAGCAACCCGAAUGUGUACUUCCAGCGCAGCGGGGCCGUCCAUCCCGGCAUCCUGUACUGAGUAUUCCGUAAAUCCCAUAGGAGCACCGAGCAUCGAGAACACUGGAACUGAGUAUUUUUCUUAUCUUUAAGGUACGGCUCCCAAGGAGCAGCAAUAAGCGAAUGAUAUUCCGCGAUCAUUUCACAUAGUGUAAUAAUUUUGUCAUAACUACUAAGAUCUUUGCAUCUAAGUUUGCGAUACGAAGAUUAAGGGUCGGGGACCCGACCUGACCCCAGGAAUUUUGAUAUAUUCCCAACGGUCAGGGGGUAAGAAGUUCAUGGAUCUGCAGAGUGCAGUCCUAUUUUAGCAAUAUCGACCAAUACCGACACUGGUUACAUUUUACACUCUCGCUGUAGCAACGAUUCUAUCAAAUAAGUCUUGAAAGGCGGUUUGCUGGCCUUGAUUCCUAAAUAAUCUUACCGAGUUGUUUUUGGCUUGUGAUUUAUUAAAGUAAAUUGUACUUCAAAAGAUCUAAUAAUAUUCGAACAGCUCUGCUGCUCUGAAAUAGCUCAAGAACGCAGGGGUAAACCAUAUGGGCUAAAUAUAUCUGCACAACUUAGUUCGAAUUUCCGCUAAGAGCAUUAAGUAUAGUUGUACAAAAUAUGCAAAAUUAAAGCAGUGAGAAGUCUCUGAAAUUCACCUGAUGUUCGUCGGGUAUAUUUGUACAGAUGUUUUACUCCUGCGAACACACAUACUCCAGUAAGUAAUAGCCUUAAUAUCCAUUUGUCUAGCCACGUAAAACAAUCGCUUAAGCAAACACGAAAUGUUGUACAUACUAUUACAAUGGCCCCGAGCCAAACACAUACACACACUGGGUGAGCAAGCCAAUCUCAAUAAAAGAAA